UUAGCUCCCAUAUACAAUUAUCGUGUCUGUUCUCUCAUAUUGCGUAUAUUUCUUACUCCUUAUAUUAACCGAUAUAUAACACACAUAGUACAAUGCAUGCUCAAAAACCAGUUCUCGUCUUCAUCCCCGGUGCCUGGCACACGCCAGAAUAUUUCACCGAUGUCAUCAACAAACUGAAGGUCCAUGAGUAUGAAACGCAUGCUUUACUACUACCUUCAGUUGGGGGAGCGGGCAUUGUCACCGCCACAGAUGAUGCAGCUUUUAUUCGGAAAACUACUACUUCGUUGGUCAACGAGGGCAAGGACGUUCUAAUGGUUAUGCACUCAUACGGCGGAAUCCCCGGUACUGAAAGUACAAAAGGCCUUCUCAAGAAGGAAAGAGAAAUCGAAGGGAAGAAGGGUGGAAUAGUGGGCUUGGUUUACAUGACUGCAUUCUUACUCCCAGAAGGACAGUCGGUGGGUUCUUUCCUGGGGGGCUAUGAGAACUGGAUCAUAUUCAAUGGAAAUCAAACGACACUCGACCGUGCGCCUGAAAUCAUGUACAACGACCUCCCUGUGGAGAUUGGCGAAGCCUAUGCCAAAAGAACGCUCCACCACUCUGCAGCAAGCUUCGAUACACCUUUGACAUAUCCAGCGUACAAAUACCUUCCGACUACCUACCUCCUCUGCAAGCAAGACAUGGCUAUCCCCUUUGCUGGACAGCAGGCUAUGGCUUCAAUUGCUGGUGAGGCAGCCACAAAACAUAUAUGCAACGCUGCUCAUUCUCCUAUGCUCAGCAUGCCGGAUACGGUUGUGAGUGUGAUUCGGGAAGCCGCCGGUGAAAUUAUUACUGCCAAUGGGCAAUUAUAGUAGUCUUCUCUUGAGCUCUCGAAUGAGAUAUGUUAUUAGAGAUCCUAGGGAAUAUGAAGAUAAAUACACACAUAGCAGUGAUCUCCAAUAUUAACUGAUUCCGCAGAAGAAGCGUUAAGGACUCUUCGAACGAUAACAUGCCCAGUGAUGAAUACCUGAAGUAGUAUAUGCAAGAAAGUCAAGAACGAGGUAUGAUUAUUCGUGUUAUUCACAAUUAUGCACAAAGAGAAUAGAUACAAGUUUCAU